ACGCUGAUGUCACAUCUCAACACACAGUACCAGAGCGAGCAGACAGUGCAGCCAUCGUCCUUGAAGGGCCCCAAUGUAACAAAACGUAUCAUCGUCUGCUGCGACGGGACGUGGGACGACGGUCUCAUUUGUCAAGAGCGAUGGAAGUACACAAACGUUCUUCGUCUUGCAAGGAUCAUGGCCCACACAGACGAUCGCUAUGUGCCACAUGUUCCCCAAGUUGUGUUUUACCAAGCGGGAGUUGGUACGUUUGGUGACAAGAUCAUCGAAAAGCUGGAUGGUUACGUCGGAGCAUCAUUGGCUGAGAAGGUACAGGAAGCCUAUGCGUUUAUUGCUCACAACUAUCGCCCGGGAGACGAAAUCUUCCUCUUCGGAUUUUCUAGGGGAGCCUACACGGCGCGCAUGGUCGCGCUUCUCAUAGGUGCCAUUGGCGUGCUGGACCGCACCGAGAUGGACAACUUCGCGGACAUCUUCCUACUCUACCAAGAGCGUGGCAAGGCGCAGGACCAGCAGGAGAUUGCCGUGCUCGACGCCCAGCUCUCGCUGUGGACGUCGCACAACUCGCCCGGCAAGCAGCGGGCGGACUCCGGACCAAGCAGCUUCUCGAUCAAGUGUGUGGGCGUGUUCGACACCGUAGGUGCGCUCGGGCUCCCCGAGGAGCUCACACACUCGGAGAAGAUGAAGACGUUGUUCGGCUUUCCCGAUCGCUAUCUCGGAGAGCACAUCGAGAGAGCCUACCAAGCGCUUGCGUUAGACGAGCAUCGCAAGGAUUUCAACUGCACGAAGUUUGAGCAGACGGAAGGAGGAAAACGCAAAGGACAGAUUUUGAAGCAGUGUUGGUUCUCGGGAUCACACACGGAUAUUGGAGGUGGGUUCGAGGACCACGACCUGUCUGAUCUCACUUUGACCUGGAUGGCGGCCAACACGUCGGACAUGCUUGCACUGGAUCAGGAAUACCUUAAGUCCUUGCCGAACCCCGCCGCGCCUUGGGGCGAGCUCCAGCCGCACAACUCUUUGACAGGUAUCUACUCCGUUGCCGAUCGCAUCCAGCGCACGAUCCCGACAGGCAUCAACGACGUCACGCAUGAGACGAUCCACCCCUCAGUCCUCUGCCAGAAGAUUCCGCGCCCCGACGUCCUGCAAGCCGUGCAGAACGUGCCCGCGCUGCUCUGGCGGCUGCUCCCGUACGAGGAGGCCGUGCGUGCGCACUGGCACGUGAUGCGGGCGCAGACGGACGCGAAGACGGAGAAAGACGACAGUAGUGCACUGAAGGACAUUGGCCACAUCCUACAUGCGGCAAAGGCCGCGGCCAAGGACGGACACAGCGUUGGGAAGGCGGUUGUGGACGCCAUUAAGCAUAAAGAUGACGCCGGAGCGAGAACGCAUCCGCUGGCGAAGUUUGCAGAGGAACACAGCAUGGGCAAGGUUGUUAAGGAGCUGCUGGCGGAAAAGAGUUCAUGAACGGAACUGAUAUUUGAUUCGAUGAGAUAUACCCUAGUGCUAUGACAAACCAUCGAGUGUCGUACCCAUGCGAGCUACAGCAUGGAGAGACCCUAUCAACCUAUCGAUCCCCGAAGACACAAGCCACGGGCUCAAAGCAAAAGAGCAAAAGAUCACCACAGGAUGCCUCUCGCCUUCAGCUCCGGCAAACCGUCCCAAACCCGCUUCUUGACAUCGGGCUUCAGGGCGCGCGAACGGAACGUGUCUCCAGUGCAGAUUUCGAACCUAAGUUUAUCCAGCGACCCAAAGCGAUCGAGCUCCCUGCGCAUCUGGGACCAGUCGGCGGCUUUGAGACGACCAGUCUCUCGGACGAUGAGAGUAAUAUCUGUCACAGAGGCCGGCACUACGCGCAGAAUAUUGAAGACAGUCUCCCAAGAGUGAAAUGCCCCAGAGUUGGCGUACAAGAUGACCACAGAGCGUAGACCUGGACACUUGUUAAGUUCAAGUGCGGUCCAAUCUGCGCGAUCGUUGCCCCAAAAGUUCCAGAUAGAGAUCUGGAAGUGCCUCAAGUUUGCUCCCAUGGCACGGAGAAACGAGCCGAGAUGCGCGAUAUCUUCAGUUGCAGUAAUGGAGGCACGAACAGCCUGCAGAUACUCUGGACAAACGCUGCUCUGGAGAGUUCCGAGAAGCGGUGCAGAGACGUCGUGAAGCUGCAGGGUGUGCACGCGCACAGGCUUAGGUAAGCGUGCUUCCUCCGUGCCUAGCAUCUCUUCGUCUAAAAGAUGCUUGCGAUGGAUCACUUCCAAAUCCAGGACGCGGAUCAUGUGGAAGAGAGAGAGAAGCGAUAUCAAGGAGGUGGAGGUGCCUGGGAUGGACGGAUACAUCCACGAGAUGAAAAGGGAGCAGAGCCGGAAGGGGUUCUGCUGCGAAAUACAGCCAACAUAGCCCGUCUGCCUGAGCUUGAGGAAGCGUAACCGAGGGAGAUUGGUCAGCACGGUGACGACGGUGUCCUCGGUAAGCUCUGGGGAGAGGGCGUGGAUAGGACCAGCAGAGAGCGAGAGCUCCCGAGGACGGGAGCGCAUGGGCUCUUGGAGAUGCUUCUUGAGCUGCUCAGCGUAGCCACCCUGCUCGUUACGUGCUUCGACGCGGUGACUGUAGAAGAGGUGGUAGCUCGCCUCGCGCGUCCAGGCAGUGCACACGAGGGAGCAGGCUUUGAGGGACUGCUUAUCGUCGUGGAGGAAAUCGAUGAUCAUGUCCGUGAGCUCCUGUGCAAGACAUUGGCCAUGAGACAUGAUGGUUGUCUCGGAAGACAUUAUUG